UUAUAUCUAUACUUGAACGAACGUAUUGUUUAGAAUCUCAAUAAUGAUUUGAAGUUGACAUUUAAAACUAGUUUACACUUUACUGGUCAAACCCAGCCGUCGUUUAGUCAGUACUUUGCGAGUGCACUUCGAAUAUAGUAGUUAAAAAUAUUUAGAUAUAAAGGUUUAUUUGCUUUUUACUAAUAAUUGUAUAUCUUUUUAAUAUAACGUAUAAUCUAGUGUAAUAAAAUUGCAACAUGAUUAGCGGCCGGGCAUUGCAUUUUGUUUUCAAAGUGGCCGAUAGAACCCUUACGGCCAAGUUCUACAGAGAAAUACUGGGGAUGAAGGUACUUCGUCAUGAAGAAUUUAGUGAAGGUUGUGAGGCAGCCUGCAAUGGACCAUAUGCGAAUAGAUGGAGUAAAACAAUGAUCGGCUAUGGUCCAGAAGAUGACCAUUUUGUUGUUGAGUUGACAUACAACUAUGGCAUUACGCAUUAUGACCAGGGCAAUGAUUUUUUGGGGCUAACAAUUCAAUCAAGUGAGAGUUUGAAACGGGCUGCUUCAGCCAACUGGCCAGUUAAAGAACACAAUGGAUUGAAGUAUGUUGAAGCUCCGGGAGGUUACAAAUUCUACAUUAUUGAUAAACCACAGCCAAUUGAUAGAGAUCCAGUAGUGAAGGUCUCAUUGGCUAGCUCAGAUCUGGCGAAGUCAAUUGCUUACUGGAAUGGCUUGCUGACAUUAAAGAUCUUUGAGAAAACUGACAAGUCUGUCACUUUCGGUUUUAGUGAGGACCAAGCUAAGUUGGAACUGGUUGAUAUUGGUGAACCAGUAAACCACGCGAAGGCAUAUGGCCGCAUUGCCUUUUCUUGCCCAUUUGAUGAACAGCCAAUUAUCAACCAGAAAGUUCAAGAAGUGAAGGGAAAAAUCCUAACUCCACUUAUAUCCCUUGACACUCCAGGAAAAGCUACUGUAAGGGUCAUCAUUUUGGCUGAUCCAGAUGAUCAUGAAAUCUGUUUUGUUGAUGAUGAAAGCUUCCGUCAACUCUCCCAAGUAGAUCCAGCCAGUGACGCUGACUUAGAUAAGUUCAUUAAAUCAGACAAGUCGAGGGCAUAAGAUCUAUCAUAUUAUUUGUUGAUUAAUAAAAAUGUGAUUUAAAUUUUAUUUAAGUAGAUAUAUUAAUAAAAGUUAUGUUGCCUGGUGCAAAAUUUUUGUUUAUUAUUAUUAUUAUUAUUUUCAAUACUAUACUGCUGUAAACUGUCAAUAUGGUGUUCUUCAUUAUAUAUAAAAGAAAUAAUAAUUAAUAAGUUCACUUGUUAUGUUUAUGGUGUAUUUUUGGUGGAAGGUAGCACUUGCAUUCCAUGUUUAGUACAAUAUAAAAUUAUUUAAAGUUUUUACUAAUAUAAUUUUGAAGAAUGGCCCUCUAUACAAUACUUACUAACAAAAUGUAAUGAAAUAAAAGUAUUAUUAUUAA